AUGAAUCAGGAUGUACGAAUUCUCCCAGAAGCGAUAUAUAUUAGUUCUUUGAAAAAAGCCCAAUGCCUUCGCAUUGACAGAUCAAGUGGCGCUCUCGAUUUAAGUCAAUUAGAGGAAUUGCUUGAAAUACCCCCUCAGCUUAGCAAUAUUCAACUGUACGGAAUCAUUCGCCUCAAGUUGUUUAAAUACAUUAUCUUAAUUACUAAAUGUGAACAUAAUAACACUUUCUUGGGGAACAAUGUAUUCCGUGCAAAAAGUUUUGCUAUUCUUCCGAUUACUAAAACUAUCUCAGCUCCUUUAGAACCUCAAACAGUGCAGGACGAAGAAGAACGGUAUUAUUUGUAUCUCUUGAAGCGACAUCUUUACCAUGGGCAAAUUCUGUUUAGUCCUUCAAUGGAUCUCACAAAUUCUUUACAGCGUUCUCGUAACGUUUCUUCAGGUUGUAACAGAAAGCUGAAACCGAACUUUCGCUUUUUCUGGAAUAAGUACACCAAUGAAGAGCUACUAUCUUUGGCAAUGAAUAAUACCCAGUUUUUAGAGUAUAUCCAGCCUGUGAUCCAAGGAAAUAUAUCUUCUACCAAUUUGUUUGUUAAGACGCAUCAUGUUCAACUCCAUAUCAUAACUCGACAUGCAACAGAUCAUUCAGGAACUAGAUACUUUUCUAGAGGAGUUGAUCAGAAUGGAAAAGUUGCAAACUUUAAUGAGACAGAGCAGGUUUUAUUGAUCGAUUCUACCCUAGUGCCGGACGAACGGAUUCUUCUUUCGUAUACUCAGAUCAGAGGCAGUAUACCGAUGUUUUGGGCUGAAAUUAAUGAUUUAAGAUACUUACCUCGGCUGGUGGUUCAACCUACUACAUAUAGUGAAGCAGCCUUUGAACGGCAUUUCCAAGAUUUAGCCUCCGAUUAUCAAAGUGAGAUUCUUGUUGUCAGUUUAUUAGAUCAUAAAGGUCGUGAAGCGAUGCUACAAAAGAACUUUAAAAAGAUUUGUACGGAAUCUCCAAAGCCAGUAAAAUACUAUGAGUUUGAUUAUCAUUCUCAAGGAAGCAAAGACAUUCCUUUAUUACUUGCUAGUUUGAAAAGUGCCUUAUCACAAGGGAGCUUUUAUUCUGAGUACGGUUCUCGAGUUGUUUCUCAGCAGCAAAAAAUAAUACGCGCAAAUUGUAUGGAUUGCUUGGAUCGUACAAAUGUCGUGCAAACAGAAGUAUCCCUCUUAAUUUUAAAUUUGCAAUUGCAGACAGUAGGAAUCCUUUCGUAUUCUGAGACGAUUGAAGAUUUUCAGGAAUUUGUUCAAGGGUUUCGAAAUGUUUGGGCUAGCACAGGUGACUACAUCAGCCAUUUGUACACGGGUACACCUGCAUUGAAAGGAGAUGUAACUCGUAAUGGGAAAAGAACGACUAAGGGAAUGUAUAAGGAUUUUACCAACUGUUUAAAGCGAUAUGUAUAUAAUAAUUUCUGCGAUGGUGUUCUUCAAGACAGCUUUGACUUGGGUCUUGGUGCUUUUCGCCCAAUUACUUCUUUUUCUUCCUCUAUAAUGUUUCAUCGAACUUCGUGGGCCCAUUACAUUCCACCCACUUAUUCAGUCGUAUCCAUCAUAUGGUUGAUAAUGCAAGGACUCAUGGGUACAGGUUCUUUGCUAUUUCAAUUGUCAUUGGGCAUACCAGCUCUUUUUUCUUUUCUUUAUGUAAUACUACAUAGAAAAAGCUAUAUAAAUUGGCCUCGGUUGUUGCCUCCAAAAUACGCUAGUACAGGAUGGUUCUCAAUUCGUCACUUGUUGAGAUCCUGGUCUACAAAAGUUUUUCGUUUUCUUCGUUUUGGUUCUUUCAAGAAAAAGAUAACCCGAAAAAACUUGCGCGUAUUUCCAAGAUCACGUGGACCUAAGGUACCCUCCCAUUAA